UAGCCUCGCCGGCUUGCUUGUGGGUGUCAGACCCGUGUGGAUGCCGUGCCAACCUUCUUCGCGCUUGUCGCUUCAUUAGCCGCGUCGCGGCCUGCAUCCAUACCCUUCAGCCUCUUCGUGCACAGCCAACUCCUUCUUCAUGGGCUGCCUGGGCGCUUUCGUGGACACAGCGGACGGACAACCACGAUACACACUUUGUGUAUUGAUCAUAAAACAUUGUUGCCGUCAUCUUCCAUCUCCUCUUUGCCCUGCAGGUCAGGCACUGUGGCUGGGAGUACGUAUCGAUGGCCUGACUCCUUUCUCGUUCAAUUCGAAAACUGGUUGGGCCGUAUAUGGUGUCUCGAGGCGGUACGGGAGUCUUCCAAUAACAGACAACAUCUGUUCCGCGAUCAAGAAUCAGACUCGCGGUCACGGGCGGCCAUCUUGGAUUCGUCACCUGAGGUACUUCGCAGUAGCAGCAUAUCUCAGUCUCUUGGUGUCGCAGAGUGUCACUCGGCCUUUUUGGGAGGCUAGCGGCCAGGUUGGAUACUUCAGUCCGUGGGGAGGAGCUGUGUUCAGCAGCAUGUGGUCACGACUACAUUUCAUUCAUCCCGCCGACUCGUGCACAUCGAAGCCUUGGUGAUGUUUGAAUGCAUUGACGCUUGCCGCUGCAAGCUCCAAACGACUGGAUGUCUUCAUAUUCCGAGCACGUCCCUCCGAGCACAUCCCGCCGCGGAACUACACGU